GUCGGUUGGGGGGUUGUUAAAAAAGCGACUUCUGAAAUUAUUAAAUUUGGGAUGCAGCUCCAGGAAAGGCUGUUGGAUUAGUGAACUAUGUUGGUCUAAUCCAUUAUCAUCUCAUUAUCCCUUCACAAAACAUAGUCCUGCAGUAGAAUCGGAGUCACUCAUGUUGGUUGCUGCACUCUGAAAAGGGUGUCCUUCAAAUUUGAAGAAUAAAUCCAAAUCGUACCUUAUUAUUUGAGUGUUUCAGUUACAAAUGUUAAAUUGCUGUCACUGUCAUACACGAGGGAUUUUAGAUGAUGUCAUAACUGGUCUUAAAAUUAAAAGAUUUGCUCACAGCUCAGUGGUACGACUGCUGGAAUGUUCUGGGGACCUGCACGCGAAUCCCACCUUAGCAAAUUCGAGUCAAUAUAAAUCUGGAAUAAAAUAUUGAAUGAUGACCAUGAAUCCAUUGAUGAUUGUUGGAAAAAUCCAUCUGGUUCACUUACAUCCUUUUGGGAGGAAUUCUGCCAUUUUUAUGUGGUCUCACCUACAUGUGACUUCCAAUGUGGUUGACUCCUCACUGCAUUCUGGCAAUUUGGGACGGGUUAAAGUAUGAAUUUCUGAUCAUGGACCAAGCCAAAGAAAAAAGUACCAUGGUGGAUCCUUCAGAAAUCAUUCAGAAACUGCACCUAGCAGGCAAAAGCAGAAUAAUGGAAAAGGAUUCUCACCAAGGAAUGCAAAUACCAGCAGCUGAGCAUGUUCUCAGGAAAAUUUUAGGGGACUUGUCAAAUGAGAAACUGAUGAGACACAAAGGAUCAAUUUUAGAUGAUGCAAGGGAUUUGUUCCUCCAGGCUGAUCCUGCCUGGCUUCUUGACUGCUGCCAGAAUGACAUGUCGGUCAUUGUUCAAAUGUACGUCAAUUUCACAGCUGCCCUGAUACAGUACUCGGGACUGCCCCGAUGUGAGACCGACAGUGGUGAAUUACCUGAUGAUGCAUAUGAACUGAUACCUGAGAGGGCCUGCAAUGUGGCUCAAACCUUGAAAGCUCUCCUCAGUAAACUACAAACAAGGCCAGAGCGUGUGAUGCCUCACCUCACCAUCGUUUCACCAGAGUCUGUUCUGAGAAUCAUUGUGCCACAAAUAGUCAUUUUUUGUGCUACACACUGUGAGGAGAAGCCGUGGACCAAUGCAGCAUCUCGCCUGGCUGCCGACGAGCUGUUGGCAGCUGCAGUGCAGGCGGUGGGGUGCAAGACUGUCACAGAGCUCCUGUGUGGUUCAGAGGAGGAAGGCAGGGGAGCUCUAGGAGCUGUGCUGCAUCUGAUGAAACCACAAAUGAACAAAAACACCUGGAAGUUGACUCCAGCCACAAAACAUGUAUUUUGGUGGCUGCUGCAGAAGGUGAGGAGGCCGUGGCUGGCUGAGCACCUAGACGUAGUGCUGCCACCAUCGCUCCUUUUCUCAGAUGACUACAGGACAGAAAAUAAGAUACUGGGCGUGAGGUGUCUCCAGCACAUCAUUGACAAUGUGCCUGCUGCAGAGCUCCUGCAAUAUAACCGGGCACAGGUAGUAUACCAUGCUCUCUACAGUCAUUUGUACACUCCAGAGGCUUCCCUCAUUCAGAAUGUGCUGUCCUGCUUACUUGACCUCCUUCCACUUAUCGAGAAAUCCCAUGUCAUCCGUGGCCAACAGAGAGCCAAUCACUAUGACAAAGUGUUCUGCCUAAUUCUUACCCACAUGGAGGUUGAAGAUAAGAUCCCUCUGCGUAGAGUGUAUGCCCAAAAUCUGCCCAUUUUCACUGAGAGGCUGGGCAUUAUGGUCGUUCGCCACUUGAAGCGUUUACAAAGAGUGAUUCUUGGAUACCUUGAGGUGUAUGACGGACCAGAGGAAGCAGCCAGGCUUGGUGUUCUCCAAGCAUUCCAGAGUAUGAUUCAACAGGCCUGGCCCAGAAUGUCCAUGAGGCUGGAGGUCUUGCUCAAGUCCUUACUGAAAUUCAUAUAUGAUGUGGCAACUGACCAGGGCCCAACACCACCACAUGUGAAGGAGGAGAUGUUACAAGAUGCCACCCACUGCCUGAUCCUUCUUAAUCGCUGCUGUGAACGUAAAGUGACAAUUCUCCUGGAAGGAGUACGCCAGAGCUGCAAGAAUGCAACAGUACUGGACUGUCUGCAGAGAGUGCAGCAAGAUGUGUAACAAAUCACAGUAACUGUACAAAAUCUUAAUAAACUAAAGCAGAAAACA